CUAAAUUUUUUUAUUUGUAGAGAUGGGGGCGGGUCUCCCUAUGUUCCCCAGGCUGGUCCUGAACUCCUGGCCUCAAGCCAUUCUCCUGCCUCGCCUUCCCAAAGUGCUGGAAUUACAGGCAGGAGCCACUGCGCCCGGCCAGUGCUGGAGAAUGUAAUGGAGAUGAUCCUGCCUAUCCUUUUCCAGUCUAGUUUACCGUCGGAGAAUACUUAUUUCCAUUUUUCCUAUUUUGUUGAGUCUCUUCCCUCAGAAUUUACUUUUCCGUUUAAAUGACGUACGCAGCUUUUAAAUUUGCACUGUAAAAUUUAUUUUGGCUCUCCCCGCCUGUUUUUUGCACAUUAAAAAUGAAAAAGUUUGUAGAACUAAGCUAAGCAGAUGGUCUUCCUGCAAAAAGAUUAGGCUGAAGUAAAGCAUUGUUUUGGAGCUGGUUCACAGAAAAAAGGCAAAACUAGUUAUCCUGACUUCAAGCUCCAAAAUAAACUGCUUGCUUUCUCCGGGAAACUUCCCCCGCCACACACACUUGACUGCGUGGCCAGUCCUUUCGAAGCCUCUCACUCCCAACACGGAGUUCCUCUCAUUUCUUCAGUCGGCUCUCAGCAGCUGCUGCUGGUUUCUCGGCUCCAGCACCACGGGUACCGCACUCUGAAAUUUACAAAGCACUUUACAGCACCGACUGUGAUCCUCACAGUACUGUCCGGUGGCCUCACGCACGUGGCGGUGCAGCCUUUCAGGCCGAGAGCGGCCAGGAGCGAAGCCCGCAGACCUGCCUGGAAGCGCAGCGCGGUCGGUCGCGCGCCCCCGCGGCCUGGAGGCCUGGGCUUCGCCCAGCAGCGCUCGAGCACCGCUCAGUCGAGCCUCACACCGGAUGCCACUUCAUAUUUGGGCCCAGAGCUCAAUUAGCGCCGAUGCGGUCGGCCGUCCUUAAAUCACUUCAGCCAAGAUCUCUCCCCGACUGCAAAGCAACCUUGAGCGGGAGCAGCAACCUCUCCGCGUCAGUCUUUUGGAGCCGCCGACAUUCAGAGGGGCAGGACACGGGAAUGCGCGCUGUCUUGCUUUACGGCGCGAGUGCGCGAGUUUGCGGCAGCGUGACGCCAGCAAGUUUUGGCGGGAAAAGCGCUGCAUUUGGAUUCCUGCAGCGGUGGGCAAAGGACAGUCCGCCGAAGUGCUCGGUGGAGUCAUGGCAGUGCCCUUUGUGGAAGACUGGGACUUGGUGCAAACCCUGGGAGAAGGUGCCUAUGGAGAAGCCAGACAUAGGCAUGCCUGAACCAGAUGCUCAGAGGUUCUUCCAUCAACUCAUGGCAGGGGUGGUUUAUCUGCAUGGUAUUGGAAUAACUCACAGGGAUAUUAAACCAGAAAAUCUUCUGUUGGAUGAAAGGGAUAACCUCAAAAUCUCAGACUUUGGCUUGGCAACAGUAUUUCGGUAUAAUAAUCGUGAGCGUUUGUUGAACAAGAUGUGUGGUACUUUACCAUAUGUUGCUCCAGAACUUCUGAAGAGAAGAGAAUUUCAUGCAGAACCAGUUGAUGUUUGGUCCUGUGGAAUAGUACUUACUGCAAUGCUCGCUGGAGAAUUGCCAUGGGACCAACCCAGUGACAGCUGUCAGGAAUAUUCUGACUGGAAAGAAAAAAAAACAUACCUCAACCCUUGGAAAAAAAUCGAUUCUGCUCCUCUAGCUCUGCUGCAUAAAAUCCUAGUUGAGAAUCCAUCAGCAAGAAUUACCAUUCCAGACAUCAAAAAAGAUAGAUGGUACAACAAACCCCUCAAGAAAGGGGCAAAAAGGCCCCGAGUCACUUCAGGUGGUGUGUCAGAGUCUCCCAGUGGAUUCUCUAAGCACAUUCAAUCAAAUUUGGACUUCUCUCCAGUAAACAGUGCUUCUAGUGAAGAAAAUGUGAAGUACUCCAGUUCUCAGCCAGAACCCCGCACAGGUCUUUCCUUAUGGGAUACCAGCCCCUCAUAUAUUGAUAAAUUGGUACAAGGGAUCAGCUUUUCCCAGCCCACAUGUCCUGAUCAUAUGCUUCUGAAUAGUCAGUUACUUGGCACCCCAGGAUCCUCACAGAAUCCCUGGCAGCGGUUGGUCAAAAGAAUGACACGAUUCUUUACCAAAUUGGAUGCAGACAAAUCUUAUCAGUGCCUGAAAGAGACUUGUGAGAAGUUGGGCUAUCAAUGGAAGAAGAGUUGUAUGAAUCAGGUUACUGUAUCAACAACUGAUAGGAGAAACAAUAAACUCAUUUUCAAAGUGAAUUUGUUAGAAAUGGAUGAUAAAAUAUUGGUUGACUUCCGGCUUUCUAAGGGUGAUGGAUUGGAGUUCAAGAGACACUUCCUGAAGAUUAAAGGGAAGCUGAUUGAUAUUGUGAGCAGCCAGAAGGUUUGGCUUCCUGCCACAUGAUCGGACCAUUGGCUCUGGGGAAUCCUGGUGAAUAUAGUGCUGCUAUGUUGACAUUAUUCUUCCUAGAGAAGAUUAUCCUGUUCUGCAAACUGCAAACAGUAGUUCCUGAAGUGUUCACUUCCCUGUUUAUCCAAACAUCUUCCAAUUUAUUUUGUUUGUUCUGCAUACAAAUAAUACCUAUAUCUUAAUUGUAAGCAAAACUUUGGGGAAAGGAUGAAUAGAAUUCAUUUGAUUAUUUCUUCAUGUGUGUUUAGUAUCUGAAUUUGAAACUCAUCUGGUGGAAACCAAGUUUCAGGGGACAUGAGUUUUCCAGCUUUUAUACACACGUAUCUCAUUUUUAUCAAAACAUUUUGUUUAAUCCAAAAAGUAUAUAUUUCUUCCAUGUUGAUUUAAUUAUAAGAUGAACCAAUAAAGACAUAAUUCUUGUGAUUUUGGACAGUAGAUUUAUCAGUCUGUAAAGCGAAGCUAGCUUCAAAACAUAUCCCCAAGAUUUGUACUUAUAUUUUCAAAAGGGCCUGGCCAGUUAUAUAAACCUGUUUUUGAAUUAUAAUGAUUAAUUAAAAUUGCAAGUAGGUGUUUUUUCCAGUGUAGUUAGUAAAAUACUUGUAUUUUACAGUAUUGCAUAAACUCUAGUGCUUAACUAACUUUACUCUAAAAAUUACUGUUGAACAUCUUAAAUAUUUUUCUAUAUUUUCUACUUUCAUAGCCAUAUUUUAACCUUUUGAACUUACUGGUGACCAAGCUUUUAGGUGAUAAAGAAUAAAAGGGAAGGGAAUAGUAAGGAAGCUAUAAGAAAAAUAGAUCUGAUUCUUUGUUCCUUUACCUAUUAGACUUACAAAAACUUUGUUUUUCUAAUAAAAUUUGUAUUAACUUUGGGGCAUAUUAGGUUGAGGCCUUGGCUCCUGCCUGUAGUCCCAGCUACUUAGGAGGCUGAGAGAGGAGGAUUGCAUGAACCUAGAAGUUUGAGGCUGUAGUGAGCUGUGAUUGCACCAGUGCACUCCAGCUUGGAUGACAGAGUGAGACCCUGCCUCUAAUAAAAAUUUUUAAAAUUGUAAAACAUUAUAAAAUUAAUCAGUUAUUUUAAUCUGAAGCCAAGAACAUGUAGAAUGUUAUGAUUAGAGUUUAUCACAUAUUAAUGUAUACUGGCAAAUUGUGUUACUGGAGUAUACCCAGAGGAGGAAUAAAUUUGAACCUGUUUUAUUUAUUUGAACCUAUUUAGGGUAUGCCUAAUAAUUGAGUCAGUAUAAAUUCUCAAAUAUGGGAGAAAUUUUGUUCUUGAGAAUUAUCUGAGUCAUUAGUAUCUUUCUAAAACAGCUCUCACUGACUUGAACCUCUUCUGUGAGCUCUAGCCUUUUACCUACUUUACAUUUCCACUUGAAUGUCUAGUAGGCAUCUCAUGACCAAAAACAGCUUUUGAUUCCUGUUCUCCAACCUGUUCCUCUCCUAGUUUUCUCCAUCUCAGAAAUGUCACUUCCUCUGCAAAGUGUUUCCCUGACUUACCUAAAAUAAUAACCUCCUCUGUUUGCUGUGGGAAUUUGUAUAGAAUGGUGGGAAAAUUUCAAGUUUCAUAUUUGGAUUAGCUCUGACAUUUAUCUGAACACUGGUAAUUGCCUCAGUAAAGACACUGAUAAUAAAUACCUUUUAGAGUUAUUUUAAUCUUUAAUGCUUUAAUGUGCAGGAAGAGUAUAGUGUCCUGUUUUGCACAGAAAGGCAUUCUGUAAAUAAUAAGUUGCCUUAAUUUUCCUGUAAUGUUCAUUAUAUUGUUGUGGGAAGGUAUUUACUCCUAUUAUUAAAAAUAAAAAUGUGUAAAAUUUACUACCUGAA